AUGGAGGCCACAGGAACAGAUGAUGUCGAUAAGCUGAAAACUAAAUUUAUAUCUGCUUGGAACAACAUGAAAUAUAGUUGGGUGUUGAAAACGAAGACAUAUUUUAGUAGAAAUUCUCCUGUAUUAUUACUUGGAAAAUGUUACCAUUUUAAAUAUGAAGAUGAAGAUGAACUCUUACCUGCAAGAUCAGGGUGUACAAUAGAAGAUCAUGUGAUUGCAGGAAAUGUAGAAGAAUUUCGUAAAGAUUUCAUUUCAAGAAUAUGGCUUACCUACAGGGAAGAAUUUCCUCAAAUAGAAGGCUCAGCUUUGACAACAGACUGUGGUUGGGGCUGUACAUUAAGAACUGGCCAGAUGCUGUUGGCUCAAGGACUCAUACUACACUUUCUUGGUAGAGCUUGGACCUGGCCAGAUGCUUUGAACAUUGAAAAUUCAGAGUCUGAAUCUUGGACUUCCAACACUGUAAAAAAGUUUACCACAUCAUUUGAAGCAUCGCUUUCAGGGGAAAGAGAACUCAAAACCCCAACAGUUUCUCUGAAGGAAAAAAUCGAGAGAUAUUCUGAUGAGAUGCAAAAUGAAAUUUAUCACCGGAAAAUCAUCUCUUGGUUUGGUGAUUCCCCCUUGGCUCUCUUUGGUUUACAUCAGCUAAUAGAAUAUGGAAAGAAGUCUGGGAAAAAAGCUGGAGAUUGGUAUGGACCAGCUGUGGUUGCUCACAUUUUAAGAAAAGCAGUUGAAGAAGCAAGACAUCCAGACUUAAAAGGAAUCACUAUUUAUGUUGCGCAAGAUUGUACAGAAAUGCUUUCAACAGAACAAAUUUACAGUUCUGAUGUAAUUGAUAAACAGUGCACUUCCAUGGCCUCUGAUAAUACAAAUGACAAAGCUGUUAUUAUUCUAGUUCCUGUUAGACUUGGUGGAGAAAGAACCAAUGCCGACUAUUUAGAUUUUGUAAAGGGAAUUUUAAGCCUUGAAUAUUGUGUGGGUAUUAUUGGUGGCAAACCUAAACAGUCAUAUUACUUUGCUGGAUUUCAAGAUGACAGUUUGAUUUACAUGGAUCCUCAUUACUGCCAAUCUUUUGUAGAUGUCAGCAUAAAGGAUUUCCCUCUUGAGACAUUCCACUGCCCUUCUCCCAAAAAGAUGUCAUUUCGAAAAAUGGAUCCUAGCUGUACAGUAGGAUUUUACUGUCGAAAUGUUCAGGACUUCAAACGAGCUUCUGAAGAAAUCACUAAGAUGCUGAAAAUUUCUUCUAAGGAGAAGUAUCCCUUAUUUACUUUUGUAAAUGGUCAUUCCAGAGACUAUGAUUUUACAUCUACUACAACCAGUGAAGAAGACCUUUUCUCAGAGGAUGAAAAGAAAAGAAUAAAAAGAUUUAGCACAGAAGAGUUUGUCUUGCUGUAA